AUGGUUCGUUGUUCAAUUAAACGUCUUAUUAAAAUAAUUAGUUUUUUUAUACUCAUAAUAAUUAUAUUUCGAAAUUUUUCAUUUUCUUCUCAUCAAUCUUAUGUAAAUAAAUUCAAACUAAAACCCAAAUCUUCAACGAUUAUUAUUCUUUCAUCAUCUAAUUCAAAAAUUAUUCAACGCUUAAUUUUAUUUUUAAAUGAACUUCGUUUAUCAUAUGUCGAACAUAAUACAAAAAUUAAUCAGCAAUUUUAUCAAGAUUUAAUAAAUAAUAGUCCAUUAUUAAUUAUUAUGGACUAUAUACCAGAUAAAGAAUUUUAUAGAUUUAUUAAUCAAUAUCAUAUGAGUUUAGUAAUAUUAUUAAAUGAUAAAUGUAAACAUUGUAUAUCUAUUAAUUAUUCUCAAAUGUUAUUUGAAAAUGUUAGUUAUUCCACAAUUGACUUUAAUCGAGAAAUAUUCAAACCAAUUAUUGAUACAACGACAACUCCAUUUAAUAUUAUACAAUCGAAUGAAGUGAUAAAAAUAUUACGUUUUGAAAAAUUUUUACCUUAUUUUCAUCAUCAUCAUAAUAGCCAAUGUAUAGGUCUUGAAAUAUCUCACGAUGAUUCUACAAGUACAAUUGUUUAUGUAAAAAAUAAAAUAACAUUUAAGAGAAUUAACUUAAUGAUUAUAUCAGAAGAGAAUAAAAUUUAUUUAUCUGAAUGUCUUUACAAUCAUUGGUUUAUUUGGCCAUUAUUUAUGGAUAUUAUUAGAUAUUUAACUUCGAAUAUAUAUGAUUAUCAUGGAUUAAAACGAUAUAUUCAAAUUGAUAUUGAUGAUAUUUUUUUAGGUGAAAAAUCCAAUGAUUAUUUAAAAUCUCAUGAUAUUCAAGCUUUAAUUCGUUCACAAUUAUUUAUACAAAAUUAUAUAAAAAAUUUUCGUUAUCGACUUGGAUUCUGUGGAUAUUAUUAUUCAAAUUCAAAUAAUAAUGAAGUUAAUGAAAGCAAUCGUUUAUUGAUUAAAGAAAAAGAUAACUUUAUUUGGUUUCAUCAUACAUGGAAACAUGAAAAAUUAACCAAUAUCAAUGAUAAAAUUUCAUUGAUUAGUUCAACAAAAACGAAUCUAGCUUUUGCACAGAAACAUAAAUUACCAUUGGAUCCAAACUAUGUUGUAGCACCUCAUCAUACAGGUAUUUAUCCAAUUAAUCCUAUUGUUUAUGAUGUUUGGCAUCGUAUAAUGAAUUUCAAUGUGACAAGUACAGAAAAUUAUCCGUAUCAUUAUGAGUUACCAACAAAUCGACGUGGUUUUAUCUAUAACGGUCUUUCUGUAUUACCUCGACAAUCAUGUGGAUUAUAUACAACAACACGAAAUUAUACAAAUAUGAGUAACCGUUUAGAACAAUAUUUGAUGGGUGGAAGAUUAUUUCGAAUGAUUCUAACAAAUCCAAUUUCAAUAUUUAUGUCACAUAAUGUUAAUUAUGGUCAUGAUCGUUUAGGCAAUUAUGUUUUUUCUAAACUUAUUUAUUUAAUAUCAACAUGGACAAGAAUUCAAUUCGUCAAUGAUAUAUCAACAUCCGAAUUAGCUCAUAAAUAUUUUUAUGAAUAUUAUCCAGAUGAAAAACUACCAUUAUUUACUAAUCCAUGCGAUGAUGAUAUUUUAAUGAAUCUUUGGAAUGGAAAUCGUUCAAUGUGUGAAAUUUUUCCAAAAUUUAUAAUUAUUGGUCCACAAAAAACAGGUACAACAGCUUUACAUAAUAUGCUUUCUCAACAUCCAGAUUUAUAUCCAUCGAAAAAAAAUUCUCUAACCUAUGAAGAAUUACAAUUUUUUAGUAAUGAAACAAUUUAUUUGAAUGGAAUAACAUGGUAUUUAAAUCAAUUUCAUACUAAUGAACAAUCAAUAAAUUUUGAAAAAUCAGCAACUUAUUUUGAUUCUAUAUUAGCUAUGAAACGUAUUAAAGCAUUAUUACCUUCUGUUCAUUUGAUUAUAAUGUUAACAGAACCUGGUCAUCGUGCUUAUUCUCGAUAUCAACAUGAAAUUGCUCGAAUUAAUCAAACAAUAAAUUUUGAUGAUUUAUUGAAAUCUAAUCAUGAUGAAAAUUCGUAUUAUUUUCAUUUAAAACAACGUUGUCUUCAACCUGGUCAUUAUGCUGAACAUAUUCUUAAAUGGUUAAAAUAUUUUCCAUCAAAACAAAUUUAUAUUGUGGAUGGUGAAGCAUUUCGUCAUGAUCCUCGUAUAAUUCUAAACGAUAUUCAAUUGUCAUUUCUUCAAUUAAAGAAUUUUAUUAAUUCAUCAAAUCUAGUCAGAUAUAACAAGAAAAAAGGAUUUUUUUGCUCAUUCUCAGCUAAACAUAAUUUUCAAUGUCUUGGAAAUAGUAAAGGACGUCGAUAUGAAAAUAUGUCGUCUUAUUCACGUGAAUAUUUAAAUAAUUAUUAUUUAUUUCAUAAUCAAAAAUUAAUUAAACUUCUCAGAUAUUAUAAUUAUUCAUUGCCAUUAUGGUUAAUAUUUUCUAAUCCAAUUAAAUUAUCAAAAAGAUUUUUAUCUUUAUCGAAUGUUGUUCAUACAGCUGAAGGUCGAAUGGGAUAUCCUAGUGAAAGAUAUGAACCAACAACAAUAGCAGCAAUGGAUACUGAUAAUAAACGUUUACCAUUAAUAACUGGUUUAUAUGAAGAUGGUUUUAUGAUUGCUGGACAAGAUAGACUUGUUGGAGCAAUCUUUUCAUUUCCUAGACAAAUUAUUUGUUGGAAUGUUUUUUCACCAGAAGAGAUAACACCUGAAUCCUUAGCUUUGUUAGAAGUUGUUCAACCUCGUCCAGCUUGUGAAACAUUCAAUUUCUUAUUAUCCGAUAAUCGUCUUGUUUAUGGUGGAUUUUUUCCUGAAAAAAAUCUUGCUGAUCAAAAUUAUGGUUUAAGAAAAGCUAUUGCACAUAGUCAAUUAUAUGAAAAAGAUGAAGAAUAUGUUAAAACAGAUAUGUUAAGAGAUACAUAUGAUAUAAUGCUUAAAGCUCAUCGAGAACGAAAAUUAUUACGUCCAUAUUCACCACUUGAUGUUCGUCAAACCAAUCAAGAGCGAGAUGAUGAAUCUAAUGUACAAUCAUUAACUGGUACAAGUAAUAUGGAAAAAAGACCUCCAGUAAAAAAAGAAAAUGACAAACCAAUAGAUAAACAAAGUUAA